CGUUGCAGCAUCCACAGGCGGGCGUGCUGUGUUCAAAGACAUGGUGUGCGACCGAAAUAGCACCGAUGUAGCCGCAGGGCGAGAGGGGGAGAAGAUGCAGCUCACAGACGAUGCGGAUCAAGAACACUUGGGCUGGGCCUUGGAACGACGACUCCAUGCGAUGCAGUCCGGCGGUCGACUGGCCACGACACGUGCCUCGGCUGGACAUUCCGAGCACGGUUCCCUGCCCACAGAGCGACUGUCUUGUUCUCCAUCGCAUUCUUGCCGAAAAUGAGCCGUCAAAAUAAGCCUGUGCGAUACUGGCCCGGCAAAGCACCUGUCGAUGUGCGAGUGAGCGACAGCGACGACGACGACGACGGCAAUGCCGACGAGCCGGUUCGCAGCUAUGAGCCCGGUGCAGCCAUCCAACAGGAGAUCACUCAGAUCAGCACCCCGCACCCUGGCGACGACCGCCGAUUACGGCGUAUUAUGCAGAGUAAAAUCAGCAGCAACGGCAAAGACGAUGAUGACGAAGACGACGAUGAUGACGAAGACGAUAAAGACGAUGAUCGGGUAUCUCAGCGAAGGAAUCAAGAGACUUCGAGACACGGACAUGGUAACGGCAAUGACGAGGACGAGAGCGACGCUGAAGAGGAAGCUGAAGACGAAGACGAAGACGAUGAAGAGCUCGCGGCCCGACGGCGGGAGCGUAUGAGGGCACUGGCUCUGCGUCGGCGACAGGAGGAGGAUGCUCUUGACGAGAGACUGGAGCAGCCAGAGGAGGAUGACGACGAGGAAUCCGAAUACACAACCGACUCGGAGUCGGAAGAGGAUCAGCGGGUGUUGAUGAAACCGGUGUUUGUCAAAAAGAGCCGCCGUGAGACAGUCAUCGAGAAGGAAAAGCAGGAGCAGGAGGCCCAGCUUGCCGAGCAGCUGAAGCAGCAACGAAUCGCCGAUCGACAGAAAGAGUCUCACAAUAUCUUGGCGGAGCAGAUUCGUUUGGAGGAGGAGACUGCGACCGCAACCAAUGAGCUCGAGGACAUUGACGAUGCAGAUGGCCUGAACGAGGAAGAGGAGUAUAUGGCCUGGAAGCUCCGUGAAUUGCGGCGAGUCAAACGGGAUCGAGAGGAAACAGAAGCCCGGGAGAGUGAGCGGCAAGAAACCGCGCGGCGCCGCGAUAUGACCGACGCUGAGAUUGCAGCCGAAGACGAACGCAUCGGCAAGACGGUGAAGAAGGAGAAGGCCAAGAUGAAGUUUAUGCAGCGAUACUACCACAAAGGCGCGUUUUUCCAGGACGAUGAGAUUGUCCAGAAUAAGGACUUUACAGCCCCGACGAUGGGCGACCUGCAAGACAAAUCAGCGCUUCCGACCGUGAUGCAGGUCAAGAACUUUGGACGGGCCGGUCAGACGAAAUACACACAUCUGCUUGAUCAGGAUACCAGCCAGAAAGACUCUCCUUGGGCUCAAAAGAGUGAUUACAACAAGCGGGUGCUAUCCAAGAUGGGCGGCAUCAAGGACGUUCCUGAGGCAUACAAGCGACGCAAGCGGGAUUAGAUGUAUCGGCGCUCCCUGGGCUCGAGGACGGUCAAUUUCUGGGCCGACGACAGUGUGCCCAACCGAAGCGGGGCGCUUGUUUCUGAACGCAGGGAGAGGCGGCCCUGGAUCCUGAAUACACAUGCUUGUCUCGACCA